UUGAUGUUAUUGUGGUGCCAUCUUUAGCUGGUGACGUCAGCGGCCACACGUGUAGUAAACAUCUGGUUCUCCUUCCUCGGAGCUGCCUCAAUAUUUAUACCUCUGUACAAGUUCUUUAAUAGUCACAAAAUGGGGAAAACAGCAAAUAGAACCAAGAAGAGGAAGGAGGGCUUCGUCCAUUCCACCAAUUCCAUGAAUCCAGAUCGACCUCGUGAUAAGGUUCAACUUCGUGGUGCUCCAUAUGCAAGAGAUAAAUCAACUAUUAAGCGGUUGCAGAUGUACCGUACUGGGAAAGCCAAGCGCAAUCGGCAGGGAAAGAUUGUAAAGUCGGCAAUAUUCCAGAACCGAGUCAGUCCAGGUACUCAAGCUCGUGUUGAACCUAAUCAGCGGUGGUUUGGAAAUACAAAAGUUAUUGGGCAGAAAGCUCUCCAAACUUUCCAAGAAGAGAUGGGAAAGGUCCUGAAAGAUCCAUAUCAGGUUGUGAUGAGGAAGACCACAUUGCCCAUUUCUCUGCUAAAUGAAACGGCUAAGAAUGCUCGUGUGCACAUCCUCGACACUGAACCUUAUGAUUGUGUGUUUGGUAAGAGGAAAACAAGAAAGAAGCCAAAUUUUAAGAUUGGGGACUUUACUCAGUAUGCUAAAUGUGCUGAAGAGGCCUUUGACAAAUAUGACGCAGAAAAAGAUGUUGACCUUGUACGUGAUGCUCCAGAUACACAAGAACUUCCUCCCGAGUGGUUCUUAAAGGCUGGGCAGAGCAAGCGUAUAUGGAAUGAGCUCUACAAAGUCAUAGAUUCCUCAGAUGUGGUAAUUCAAGUGCUUGAUGCUCGAGACCCAAUGGGAACAAGGUCAAAACUAAUUGAAAAGUAUAUGCGCACAGAAACGCCUCACAAACAUCUUGUAUUUGUUCUAAAUAAAGUUGAUUUAGUGCCUGUGUGGGUAACUCAAAAAUGGGUGGCCAUUUUAAGUGCUGAAUAUCCUAGUCUUGCCUUCCAUUCCUCUAUUACAAAUCCGUAUGGCAAAGGUGCUCUAAUCAACCUACUGCGCCAAUUUGGAAAAUUACACGAGGGCAAGAAGCAAAUUAGUGUUGGCCUCAUCGGAUUUCCAAAUGUUGGCAAGAGUUCUAUAAUAAACACACUGAAGGCUAAAAAGGUUUGUAAUGUAGCUCCACUUGCUGGUGAAACUAAAGUGUGGCAAUAUGUUACUCUGAUGCGGAGGAUAUAUCUUGUUGACUGUCCUGGUGUUGUUCCACCUUCGCACGAGAGUGCUACAGACAUGGUCCUGAAGGGAGCCGUGAGAACUGAAUACCUCAAGAAUCCUGCUGAUUACAUUGCUCCUAUUAUAGAGAGAGUGAAGCAAGAGUAUAUCUGCAAGACAUACAAGGUGGAUGAUUGGAGCACUCCAGAAGAGUUCCUGGAAAAAGUGGCAAGACGUACAGGUAAGCUUCUGAAAGGAGGAGAACCAGACUUGAACACCGUUGCUAAGAUGAUCCUAAACGACUGGCAGCGAGGUAAGAUCCCAUAUUUUGUACCACCUCCAGGACAUGACUCUUCAGGUUUUGAGAAACUAAAGAAUGAAGAGAAUAUAGAGAUGGCUGUAAAAAUAAAGGAGAAGGAAGCAGAGGAGGAAGAAGCGACAGCACAGAGCAUUAGCAUUUCUAACAACGUACCUGCCGUCUUGCAAAAUUUGAGUAAAAUUACAAUGAGUUUAGAGUACUCUGGAGAUGAUGUUAGACCCCUGGAAAAGACUAAUCAAGUCCCUCAAGAUUAUGAUGAUGAUGAAAUUGAUGAUGGCAAUGAAAAUAGUGCACUAGAGGAAAACGACUUUACCUCAGAUACCAAUGAAGGGAUGAAUGACACUGAAGCUGAAAAGGGAACCACAAGUACUAUUGACAACUGCUUGGAAUCUACAGACCUUGAUAAACAGAAAGGAAAAGAUAAUGAGGAACCGACUCCAGGUUCUACAGAAUUAUGUAACACCGGUAAAAAGAGUAAUGGCAAGGACAAUGAGGUAGAAACUAUUGGCACCUCAGAUAUUGAAGUUAAAGCAUCCAAUAGUACUGGCAGUAAUAUUACUUCAAUGUCAACAGAUAUUGAUGAUAUUAAUAAGAGUAAGGAACUGCAAUCAGAAGAUGAAGAAAUGAUUGGAGAAGAACUUUUGUCAAGUGAAGAAGAAGUUGGAUCACCUGAUAUAUCUGCAAUUUCAAGUUCCAGAAAGGUAAGGAGAAAACGCAAGAACCGCCCUGAGGAACAAGAAAAGCCAUUAACAUCUAAACAGAGGAGGAGGAUGGAAAGGGAUCAGAAGAGAAAGAAAAUUGGAAGCGAUUUCUAUGAGGUUACGAAUGUGAAAAAUAAGAAUCGCAAUAAAGUUAAUGCAGGAAGUGUGGCAGCGGGUAUGAGGGGGCACACUAAAAACAAGAAAAAUAAAUUUUCAAACAAAUAAUUUAGGUAAAAACUGUAGAUAUAAAUAAACAGUAACUGUA